AAAAAAAGAGAAGAGUGGUAAAAUAACGCAAGAGAGAGAAAGAAACGAUUAUUAAAGAGAAACGUCGUCAUAUUUCCUUUCAUUUUUUAUUAUUGUUAUUCUUCUUAAAUAAAUAAAUCAUUUAUGCAAAUCGAAUGUGGACUGCAGUAAACGAAGAUUAAUGAUAAUUUGAUGAUGGUCGUUUCUUUGUGAAAAAGAACAACAACAUCGAUUUUUUAUAUUGAAUUUUUUUCCUUUUUCGUUUAUUCAUUCCAACAUCCUACAAUCAUAAUAUCACAAUAAAGUGUUAUAUUCGAACGAUUUUUUUUUCAAUUCGAUGCAAAAUGGAUCUUGUACAACUUAUUGAAAAAGUUCGCCAUCAAUAUGUUCAUAUACAAGAUGAACGACAAUUUAUUCAUAAGCUUAAUAAUGAUGUAAACGAUGAAAUUGAUUCAAUGAUUCGAACAAUGUGGAUUAUUAAAAAUCAACGUUAUAUUUGUGAUAAACUACAUGAAAGUCAUCAAUUAAACAACAAUAUAAAUGAUCCAAUAAACCUGAUAAAUGAAUCGAAUAAAAUUCAACAAUCUGAAUUUAUUGAAGGUUAUAAAAAAUUUGGUUCAAAUGAAUCAUUACUUAGUCAAUUGCUACAACAUUUACGUGAUAAUCCAAAAUCAAUUUCAUAUUUAUUAUUUUAUGCGGAAAAAGAAUGUUCAAAUUUUUUGGAUCUUUUAUGUAAAAUAAUCAUAUCGACUGUUUAUAAUCAUUGUUUUUUGGAUCAUGAUAAAUUAUCAUUAAUCGAUAUGAUGGAAGAAUUGAUUGAAAUUUAUAUUAAUUUUUAUGAUGAUUUACGUCGUCAUAUGCAUAGUAAAAAUUCAUCAUUCGGUAUUGUUUAUCGUAAUUUUUGUGAUGAACAAUCCGAAUUGAAAACAUUUUAUCGUCUAGCAUUGACUAAACCGAUAAUGUUGGUUUUAUCCGAAGAUAGUUUGUUUUUGGAUAUUGAUUCUAAUCGUGCUGUUAUGCGAUUUUGUCAGGAAGAACGACAAAAACAUUUUGGCUCAGAAAAUUCACCCGAAUAUGAAGAAAAUCUGAAUAAAUAUAAAAAAUGGACCAUACAAAAAAUGAAAUAUUUUGUUAAUAAUUUCAUUCGGUCAUUGAAAGAAAAUAUUUAUGCAUUUCCACAAUCACUAAUUUGGUUGAUGGUACGAAUGUAUACGAAAUUAAUCGAACGUUUUGAUUAUCAAAAAGUUAAUUCAAUAUUUGUUGAUAUGAUUUUUUUCUAUUUAAUUUGUCCGGCCAUUCAAAAUCCUGAUCUUUUCGGUAUAACCGAUCUGCAUAUUAAUCAUAUUGCACAUUAUAAUCUGAUGCAAUGUGCACAGAUUAUACAAAUGCUUGCAUUAUCAAAUUGGGAAAAAGUAUCUGGUCCUUAUCAACAAGUUUGUUCAUUGUUUGAUCGAAAUUGUUUAUCAUUCAUUAUGGAACAUAUAUUUAUUGUUGCUAAAAAUUCAACAGAUUCAAUUUCACAACAACAACAACAACGACGAUCAUCAACAUCGAUUGAAUCGAUUGAAUUACCAUAUUUUCUUUGUUCGGAUAUUGAACUGAAAUUUUUACUUGAAUAUAUUGGUUUAUUUUUACAACGUAAUGAUCAACCAGAUCAACCGCUAAAUACUUAUUAUCGUCAACUACCACAAUCGAUACUGAAUUUUGAUUAUGAUGAUGGUAAAGUUAAUUCAUUAAAAUCUGAACGUAGUAUACGAAAAUCAAAAUCCAUUAGUGAUUAUAUUGAUAGUUUGGAUGAAUUUUCCAGUUUGAAUAUCAAACAUUUACUGGCGAAUAAUGGCGAUAAUUUACCAACAUUAAAAUGUUUAUUUAAUUCAAAACAAAUUUUCAAAAUUACGAAUCAAAAUUUUUCCCAGCGUUUUAUUGGUAUGAAAAAUGAAGAAAAAAUUCUCGGUAAUAUUAUCGAUCGACAAAUUAUUUUGAAUGAAACUGUUGAUCGAAUUCGUGAAGAGAUUGAUAAAUUAUUUAAUUUGGAAAUUGAUAAUUUUCCUUGUUCACCGAUUAUCAAUGACACAUCGAUUGAUAAAACCAACAAUAAUUUAGCAUCAUUGUUACGUUCAAAUGAUGAUGAUGAUGAUGAUCAACCGAUAAAUGAAAUUGAAAAUGAUCCAAUCAAUCAAUCAUUAGAUGAUACAUUUGAUGAUGAAAUUAAUAUGCAAUCAUUGGGAACAUUAACAUUACAGCUUGGUGAUUUGGUCGAUUUAGAUAUUUCAUCUAACGAAAUGGAUCGAAAUCGUAAUAAUUCUCCCGAAUUGAAUGAAUCAAAUUCAAAUAAAUCCAGUAGUGGUAAUCCUGUUGGAAAAAAAGUUAUUUCAAGUUUUAAAAAUAUCAAAGAUAAAAUGAAAAAUAUUUCAUUAAGUAAGGAUAAUAAACAACAACAACAACAACGAACAUCUUUAAUUGAUUUAUCUAAAACUAAUAAUAAUGUCCAAAUUGGUAAUCAAUCGAUCAUUGCUGAUCGAACUGAAAUAAAAGCUGAAACUGAUAAAAUAUUUGAUAAAUAUCGUUCAACAACAACGACGACCAAACAACUACAGCAAUCAAUGGAAAAUGAAAACAUUUCCAAUCAACAACGUUACAGUCCUGAUCUGAUUAUUUUAAAUAAUAAUGAUGUUGAAAAUUCAAUUGUUGAUAUUGAUUUUCUUGGCGAUAUUCAUCUGAAAAUUUAUAAACUUAUUUCAUUAAUCGAUCUGUUUCAUGUUUAUCGUCGUUAUAAAUUUUUAAAUCUUUCAAACAAAAAUGAUUUUAUUUUAUUUUUAAAGAUUUUAUUAUCCGAAUCAAAUGAUAUGAAUGAAAUUUCAACAUCAGUAUUGAUUAUGGAUAUAAUACGUAUUGUACAGGAUAUUGAUCAAGAAGAAUUAUCAAAUAUUUUCCAAAAAAUUGAAAUUGAUUGGAAAACAAGAAAUUUUUAUAUAAUUUAUCUGCUAAAAUCACGUCAAUAUUUAUUACAAAGAUUAAAACAAAUUGAUUCCGUUCAACAAUCACUACAUAAAGAUCAUUCAUCAACUGAUUUUAUUAUUAUUUCAUUUCUUGUUCGAUCCAUUCUAGAAAAACAAGAACAGAAUAUUCAAGAAUUGAUUCGAAAAUUUCGUGAUUCAACAACGUUAACUGAUGAAAAAGCUUCACUGGUACAACGAUUAUUAGAUCAUACUAUUGAUCAAUUACAAACAAAAUUAUUUACCGAUGAACAAUUGACAUUACUGAGACAAAUACUCGAAAGACAUCUAAUGAAUCGAAUUUAUUUAUUAGCUUUUUAUCCAAAUGGUGAUAUUGAUCAACUUCGUGAUCAAAUUCUUCAUCAACAAAUCAAUCAAUUAUCAUUAAAUUUAUCACAUAAUUCAAAAUUGUUAAAUAUUCCAACAAAAUUUUUUACAACUAGUCCAUGGCCAUCAGCACAAGCUGAAUUAUUACUGUUAUCAGCAUAUAAAACACCAAGAGAUAAAAUUCAAUGUAUAUAUCGUUGUUGUUCACAUAUAAUGACAUUAUUAAGUACAAGUCAAAAUAGUAUACCUUCGGCUGAUGAUCUUUUACCUGUAUUAAUAUUCGUUGUAAUUAAAUCAAAUACUCGAUCAAUAUUAUCAACAAUUGAAUAUAUUAAUACAUUUUAUCUGAAUGAAAUGACCGGUGAACAAUCAUAUUAUUGGACACAAUUUUGUUCAGCUGUUGAAUUUAUUAAAACUAUACUUCAUUGUAAUCCAUAAUAAUUAAUAUAGAAGGGAUUAAUUUUUAUUUAAAAAGAAAAUACAAGUGCAAUUUGUUUUUAUUUUAUUCAU